GAUAUACUUGGUGAUAGAAUCGCGAUUGUGCAUGCAGGUCGUCUUAGAAGUUAUGGCACUGCAAUGUUUUUGAAGAAACAGUAUGGUCAUGGACAUAUCGAAGUUACAUUGUCGACAAAGUCUUGGUGUAUUCCUGAAAAAGUUAUAAGUAAAUUUGAUUCACGAACGGAACAGCUUAGUGUUGAUAGUGAAAAGAUUGUUUUAAAUGUGCCUUUUACGGAUUCUUUACCACGAUCACUGGACCAAGUAGAAAGCGAAAAGUCAAAAUUGGGAGUUACUGGGAUAAGCGUGUCAUUGAUUACUUUGGAACAAGUAUUUUUGAAAAUUGUGAAGAAAGAAGAUAAUGGGAAACAUCUUAAUGAAUUAUUUACAGCACCAUUACAGAAAAUUACAGGCAAUGAGCUAUACAUGCAAUCAAUGUUGGCAUUAUUGGGCAAGAAAAUUACAUAUACAAGAAAGAAUCUAACUAUCUUAUUGAUAAUUCUAAUUCUUCCUAUCUUUUCGGUGCUUUUAAUGGCCUUAAGUUACAAUUUGCCAUCCGAUUCCAUGAAUAUUAUUUCAUUAACUCUUGACAUGUACAGACAUCCCAAAACUUUAUAUUCGUCAAACAACGAAUUAAUUGGUCUGAAAUACAGAGGUAUUGUUGAAAAAUUCGGCAUAGCAGAGCGCGUAGCUUCGGAUACAGAUAUUACAAAUGCUCUUCUAAAUUUUUCCAUAAAAGAUAUUGUGGAAUACCGAAACAAUCUUAUCAUAUCCGCCGAAUUUAAUGACACUGAAAGUAACGUGACGUGGGCUAAUGGUUUUUAUUCCGGCUCAGCAAUACACAGCGUGCCGUUAACGAUAAAUCUCUUAAGUAAUUCGUUCAUCAAAGCUUUCGCUGGCGAUAAAUAUUCGAUCGUUGCGUCUAGGCAACAAUUACCGAAUACAUUACUUUCGACUGCGAUACUAAUGCCGGAACUGGAAUCAUUUUCGCGCGUUUUCAUAUUCUGUUCAUUCUUCUUUCCCACUGUGUCACUUUUCGUAAUGCAUCCUUUACAAGAAACGAUGACAAAAGUUAAACAACUCCAACGCAUGACCGGCGUCACAUCGAUAUUAUACUGGGGUACAAUGUUCGCUUUUGACUUUCUGAUACUUACGUUAGGUGUGUUGCUAAUUACUUUAUCACUCUACAUCAUGGAUAUUAUUCUUGGUCUUCGUCUAUAUUAUAUAACAGAAAUAAUGUGCACGAUAUUGCUUCUGGAGUUAUUCGGUGUUAACGUUUUACUUUUUACAUAUCUAUUCAGUUUUAUGAAUAAAUCAAGGAGCACUGUAACAUCUAUAUUGAGUAUCGCACCUAGUUGCUUUGUGUUAGAAAGUAGUCAAAAUCAGAAAGAUUCAAAGCUUCGUCAACUGUAUAUUCUGCAAAAGAGAAUCUUCCCUUUAAUGCCUUACGUAAGUUUGUUCCACGGUCAACUAUCUUUUUUCGACGUAUCAUUACAAAAUGCAAGGUGUCGUCGUCUACCAAAUAAUCUUCAGGAUAUAAUUUGCCUUUCAGAACAAAAAGAUCUUUGUUGUGGUAAGAUUAUGCAAUAUUUGAAUCAAAUGCAAGAUACUAACUAUAAAUUUAUGAUUUAUUAA